CCGGUCACCAUGGAAACGCAUUGCGGCCGUGCGGGGCGCGCUCUGUGGCACCGAGGUUCCCGUACCGUCAUCGGAGGGCUUCGUGGACGCGAGUGACGCUGCUGUGUGGCGCUCAUACACCGCGCCUGCUCUAGCCUUACAUAUUCUCCCUCAGCGCCGCAGCUUUGUGAGGGGGCGGCCAUGGCCUCGGAUACGGAAUGGGUGCUGGAGAGUGUCCUGGGCUUCGUGAGUGGGCCCGUCUGGACGGUGCCAGUGUUGGAAUUCAUGGAGCAGAAGUGCUCAGUUUUUGAUGAUGAAGAGGAAAACAAGUUAUCCUACACAGAGAUUCACAAUGAGUACAAAGAACUGGUAGAAACUCUUCUAACGCAACAUCUAAAUGAAGUGGGGAUUAGUGAGGAGCAAUUUCAAGAAGCCUGCACAGCUCCCCUUGCACAUUCUGCAACACUUAAGACUAUUUUGCAGCCUGUUCUGGCUGUGGAAGAUUUUAAGAUCUUUAAAGCGAUGAUGGUGCAGAAAAACAUUGAACUACAACUACAAGCAAUUCGAAUAAUACAAGAAAGAAAUGGUGUGCUCCCGGAUUGUUUGCAGCAUGGCAGAGAUAUUAUUUCUGACCUUGAACAACAAGAGAUGAAACUGGUAUCAGAAGCACUCAGGUUAUCAAAGGAAGAGUAUGAGCGGGAGCAGCUACGGAGGAGUGCAAAGGAAUUGAAUCUCACUCUUGGGGAACAUUCUGAAAACAAACAGUCGAGUGGCAGUGAGAGAACACCAAACAAUACUGAACUUCCGGUUAAGACUCAAAAAGAAGAAAAGCAGCCAGUGAAUAUGCUGGAAAGUCCUUAUAAAGAAGUUUCCAUAAAAUUAAAAGAAAUGAGCAACACAGAAGCAGCAGAGGCCUGGCUGGAGCAAGCAAGGAAAGAGGCCGGUAUCCUCAGUUCAGUUACAAACUUAUCACAAGCAGAAAAGGAACAGCUUCAGAAAAGAGCAGAAUAUCUCAGAAGGCGAAGGGAAGAGCUGCUGGCGAAGAAACAGGAAUCAAAGAAAAUGGCACAGAAUUCGGAAGAACAUGAAGAAAAAGCAACAUGCUCGAAACAGGAAAUGACAGAAGAAGAAAAGAAAAGUUUGCAAAGAAGAAAACGGCUAGCGGAAAAGCUGAAGGAGGAAGUGAUUUUAUCAUGUGAAAAGUCUGGCUCCGCCUCUUGAGUCUCCUAAAUGAUUGACCCCAUUGCCAAAGCUACUCGUAUAUUUUUGUAUGCCUUAAAUACAUAUUUAGAGCUGCUUGGGUUGGAAGAGGUUAAUAUCACCAAAUGGUUGCCUGGGACAGAUGCAUGUUUUGUACAUACACUAGAGCAAGGGUCCCCAAAUUUAUUUUACCGGAGAGCCACAUUCAGAUAUAAAAAGAGUUGGGGAGCAACACAUACACGAAAAAAGUUCUUGGGGUGCCAAAUAAGUGCUGUGAUUGGCUAACUGGUUGCCCCUAAAUGGACUGGCAGCCUACAGGAGGCUCUGUUUGACCUUACACUGGGGUUUUAUGCAACCAAAACUUGCCUCCAAGCCAGAAAUUAAAAAAUAAAACCUGGCUUUGAGGCCCCUGGGAGCAACAUCCAAAGGGUUGGAGAGAAACAUGUUACUCACGAGCUGCUGGUUGGAGAGUAGAGACAGGGUGUAGAGACAGAAGAGAAAUGAUGAGUGGAUGCGACUAUGAAAAUGAGCUUAUUGGUACCUGUGCUCUAGUACUGCUGGCAAGUUACAAGGGGGUUAUAUAGCUUGCACUUCUGUUUACAUUAAAGCCAAAGUCUUUCUCCUGUUUAGGGCAAUGUCACAAUAAAACCACAAAUAAAUGACUUGUUUAAAGACAAAA